CUUAAAACUACAAAAAGUUGUUUAUAAAAAAAAACUUGCAUUUGUAUUGAUUUUCGCAGUUCUAUCCCAGAUUUUUCCCGUGAAAAUACAGCUGCAGUUUGGUCUAAACAUUUUUUUUUCUCUUACCGAAACAAAGAGACAGUGAUUCUGUUUGCUCGGGACGGUUUUUAUGGACAUUAAACCUACUUUUACUGUGUAGCCACCCGUAACGUUAUUUCUGAAUAUAUUUUACAUUCUUCUAGUGUUUUACUGAAAAAUAAGGUGUUUUAGAUCAAAAUGAGUGCUAUAGCGCAACAAAAAGUCCUUGUCAAGGAGGGUUUAUUUCAGUUUAUUACCAAACAUAUCCCUAGUGCGGAUUUAAACGUAAUUGAUGAUAUUGUACUUACAUAUGUGAUUUCGAUACUUGAGGAGGCUUCCCAGGACCCCUGCUUCGACGUAGAAGGUUUCAUCGAGAUGAUGUCAGCAUACGUGCCUCAAUUCGGGCGCAUUGAUGCAGGGCUGGUCUGCACCUGGGUGCUGGAGCUAGAAGCCGAGAUCAACCAGAGAGAUGACACCGACUCCUUGUCUAACCAUGAUGAUUCAGCCAGCAGCGAUAGGCUCAGCCUGACUCUUCAGAAUUUGAGUGAAAUGCUGCCCCCAUUGACCAAGAAUAACCGGUCCCAUUCUAACUCUGAGUCAUCUGAGAGCGUGGAGGGUAACCGUCGCCCUCUGCUUGAAGAAGAUGUUCAUGCUGAACAAUGCCAGGCCCUCGCUGAGAUGUUCCCUAACACCUGUGCUAUGGAGAUAAAACACUGCGUAUCCAUCGCCCACGGCGACGUAGAACGCGCAGCCGCGACGCUAUUACACCGACGCGAGCAGGGACAGUCGCUGUCCGCCGCCGCGCUGCACACCGCCUCGCGACAGCCGCUCUGCGACGACCACGAGCUGAAGAACAGGAUUAUUGCUCGAUACUCCUACGUGGACAAGAACUCUGACCAGAAGGAACACAAGCCUCUCGCUCCUAAAAUCGAGCCCAAGAAGAUGGUCCGCUACAGGGACAACAAGAUCGUCUCCCUCAAGGGAGAGAGGUACACUGAGGUACCCAAAUCUGGUGCCGACGAGGAAAACUUGAAGAAGCCCAAAAAACAUCAUUGCCCUUAACCAUUAAGUGCAUGUCAGUACAGUGGAGCAGCGGUGCCCGCCCCCCCACUCUCGCUGUCCCCCCCUCCCACUUCUAUGCCACGCCCAACACCCCCCAUUUCCCCCUUGACCAGUAACCUCGUAUAUCUUACCUACGUCAUUUUAUCUACACUUCUAAAGUGUUUCUAUAUAUUCGUCAGUAGUAAUUCGUCUAAACUAAUAUCAUAUUAUUCAAAUUUAGAAUUUUCAAAUCGCGUACAACUCACUGACCGCGUAAUUUUCACUUCGAGUGAGUUGUACGCGCGUUCAAAAAUGGUAAAAUUAAAUGAAUUAAUUAGUCGCGCUGAAAUACGCGUGUUGUAUAACCUAUUUGUGAAUUUAAUCAAUUAUUGUGAUUUUUACGCGAACGUACGGAGUCGCGUACAGCAGUGUCAUGUUGACGUAAUUCGCGUACAACACUGUCAGUUUGACGUAUGUCGCGUACAGUUGACAUUUGGGCGUUCGUACAUGUGUGUCUGUAGAGUUAGAGUAGUCGUAAAAGUGCGUGAUUCGUAUAAACUUUAUUUCGACCCGCUUGUUUCCAGUACUGAUUUUGAACAAGUAUUUAAUUUUGAUACGUCACAAUUUAAACUUAUAGACUGUAAUUAUUUUAUUGUAGUUAAUAAUUUAAUUUCAAUUGUAUUUAUUUUUAAUUGUAGGCUUUUUAGGCAGCUACACAGUAUUAGGAUGGCAUCUGGGAAAUGUGUUCAUGAUAGCGGUCGUAAGGUUUGGAUGACAGAUGCCAUAGUUGCGAUGCGAGGAGCCCUAAAAUGCUGCUCAGUUUCUAACCGUAAUGUUCGUAGUAUCGUCGCAGAGCGGCAUCUUAGCGGCCCGGCCGGCCAUUUUGGAUUUCCAAUAGUUUUAAGUAAAACGAUCUGUUUACCUGUGAUUUCGUACGUUUAUUAUAAUUUUAUUAUCAUUAAAAAUGUGAUUCCUAAGAUAGAUUUAAAGUUUUUACAUACAUCUGUGAUUGUGAUGCCAUUUUUUUUAAUAUUUUACCCUUUAAGCGGUUUUUAUAUUAGUUUUAGUUUGGACAAUAGUUAUGAGUGGCAUUCGCUUCGUAAUGAACGAAUAGCUCUCUUGUGAUGGUAUUUUUAUUUAGUUUAAUCUGAUAUUUGGUAAUGAUUCAGGUUUAAAAUACAGUAAAAUGUACAAAAUUAUACACAAUAGUUAAAAACUAUUUCAUUAUUAAUAAUCUAUAAUGCAAUGAAUAUUCUCACAGCUUUAGUUACCGGAGAAAUACCAACCAAUACAUCUUAGUAAGGUCAGAAUUUCUGACUUCUGACUGCCCGCAACGACUGUCAAAGAUGUACAAAUGACAGCCGGGACAAAUUAUUCAAGACCUAAAUAGGUCUUAAGGACUUAUAGGACGUACCUAGCAUGAUAAGGUUGGUCACCCAUCCAUGGGCCGACUUAACUUUUUAUCUAAACAACAACAUUCUACCAAGUGGAUUAAUUUCAUAAACAAUAUCAGGUCUUUAAAAAAAAUAUAUGUAUCACUUUUUGACAAAAAGGGUGACUAAAUAAUUUCUUGCCCCGUUCCCAAUUUUAUUCGGGAUCGUCGUUCCAUUCCUAAAACCUGAAUCAUUACCAUUUAUCUGAAGAAUUAAUUUAAUAAAUUAUUUAAAUAGGUUUGGAACAGACUGAUUUAUUUACAAAUUAUCUCAUCGAAUGAGAUAUAUUAUUAUUACAUAUAUUUUUAUUUAUUAUUUAAACUUUUACAGCUAGGCUGUAUCUCUGACUAUUUAAUGAUAAUUUUUAUUUCGCAUACAUUUCUUGUGUGAUUAUUUUGAUAUUAUCGUCAUUUUGCCAAAAUUCCAUAAAUAAAAUAAUGUGAAAAAAAUAGUUUAAAAAACUAAUAAACACGCUUUAGCAAGCGCAAAAAUUACAAAAUCAAAAAUAGCCAGUCCGCCAUCUUGGGGAGGGCGCCAUAUUGGAUUUCUAAUGACGUUUCUUAGCUAGUCAUAUAUUGUCAUCAGAACUCAGAGCGAGUGCAAAAUUUCACUGUAAUCGAAGACCGGGAAGUGGGUCAAAUUAAGAUUCCAAGAUUUUCUUGCAGACAUAGUUACAAGUGAAGCUGAUAUAAGGGGUGUUUCGAUCGAUAUCUGAGGGCGACUGCACGUGCUGCUGCCGCUUCGAUCCAAAACGGUUUCAUGUAAAUACAUACAAACCAGUAGUGCAGCUGCGGCCGACUUCAUGCAGUCGCGGCAUGUGCGGUCGGCAGUUGCAGUCGGCAGCUAGCAUUGAAAACGUACCUUAA